AUGUUCUUCUUCGUUGUAUUCGCGAUGACAAGAGUCAUGAUGCUAUGUCGGCCGUUGUACCUGGCCUCAGUUCUCAGCUCAUGGAAUGAGUAUGGUAUUGCUUAUGCAGAUGAUGAGGAGGUCCAAGAAAUGCAUGGCGAACCCGACACCAAAAACCAUACUUUGAACAAUCUGCGAACGCGUGCACCCCGGUACUACAUCGCCGUGCCGCCGGAGAUGGAGAAGAAGGCUCUGGCAGCCUUCAUGAAGGUGACGAAGAGAAUGAAGGAAGAGCGUGAACAGUAUCCGAAACAGGAGGUGGAGGAUCGUCAACUGCAGCUGAAAGCAGAGCUCACUUCCUUAAAGAGGAAGGGAGGAAACACGCAGUGCUUCGACUGUGGCGUUGCGGACGUGACCUGGGCCUCACCCAAACUGGGCACGUUCCUCUGCGUGACUUGCUCGGACAUCCACCGGGCAGCGGGCGCCCACAUCACUUGCGUGAAGAACUUCAGCACCUACCUCUGGUCCCCGGACGAGGUGGCCAUGAUGCGCCUCGUGGGCAACGACCGGGCCAAGGAGCUCUACCGAUCCUCCGCGCCCCUCUCCUGGUCCCCUCAUGACUCGAAAGAUCGGAAGGUGCAGCUGUGCACGCAGCUUUACGGCAGCGCGACCGCCCAGAGAGCUUCGGCAGAGAUGAUCGCUGCAGCCACGGCAGCGUCAGCAUCGCCUGCGCUGAAUCCUUCGGAGGAUGCCAAAGCACCAGCUGGGAAGUCGCUGCCGGGAGCACCUGACUGGUUUGAAGACUGGUCUUCUCCACCCCGAGAGAAUCCUAAGACGACCCAGCGAAGUGUCGACCUGUUGGGAGACCUGCUUGAUCUGCAGCCAGUACUUCAGAAAGCAACCUUGGCGGAGGUGGACGUUUGCUUGGGGCAAGGCUAUGUCGACGCUGUCAAGGCUCCUGUCGUCGAGAAUCUGCAGAAUGAGUUGGCGGGCGUCUUCGACAGCAACUGCCAGCAAACCGUAGCCCAACCUGCCAGAUGCGCCAUGCAAAUGGCGAACAAAGAAGAGAAUGAUUUUUGGACCUCGGUGAACUGGGACGACCUCAUGAAGUGA